CUGAGAGCUUCCAGACCUGGAACUCCACGACACACGUCAAAAUUGCCUCCUUUCUUCGACCAGGGACAAGAGGCCGCCUAGGUUUCCUAUCACUUGAGAUUUUCGUUUCGCCCCUCGGCUAAUUCAGUAUAUCACUCGACAUGCGGACCGGGAGAAGCUUUGUCUGCUAAUCUCUGAGCCAAGAGCGUCCUCUUUUCCCUUCCCCUCCAUCUCAUCGCAACUGCCGCGGGGCAGCGCGUCGCAUAUUCCUCGAGGGACCCGACGACGACGAAGUUAAUUGCCCCAACCAGCCACCGGUACCCAUCGCUUGGCUUGAGCCCUCGUCAUCCGAUAUGCGUCUCUAUCUCCUCCCCAUCACCACGAGUCGGACUCUCCUCUACUCACAACGACUGAACAUUGCGACGACGAAUCAACAAGGCUUGGCAGAUAAGGUCGGCAAGAGGGCAGCCAAAUUGUGGGCUGGCUGGGAAGCAAAAGAGAGCGGAUGGCAGAAGAAGGUUGUGAGCUAUGGAAACUACGCCCUACGUCGAAUUCCGUACGAAGAAUGGGGGUUGAAGUCGGUGCCGCCCAUUUCUGCGAGACGCAAGGAUGAGGAGCUCAAGGGCAAGGAGAAGAUUGAAUUAGUCUUCCCGGAUACCAUCAUCCCAACAAAGCAGGCUGAGCAGGUUGUCAGAACCCUGGCCACCGAACGAGAUGCGUUGCACAAGAGGAAGCUCAUAUGGUGCUUGAUUGGCAUGCCCAUCUCGGCGCCGUUCGCCCUGGUGCCGGUGAUACCUAAUCUGCCAUUCUUCUAUCUCGUCUACAGAGCUUGGUCGCAUUGGCGCGCUCUGGAGGGAGGCAAGCACCUCCGAUUCCUCGUUGACAAUAAACUCCUGGCCCUGUCCCCGUCAAAGCUACUGAAUGACAUUUAUACGCCUUUAAUCCCAGAAAACACAACCGUAACACCGUCGAAACCAGCCCUUGGCAGCACGGAGCCUUUGAAAGGCAAGGGAGAAAACGCAAAGGACGAGGCAAUCCUACUUUCGCAGGCCAAUGGCCAACGAAUCGCCAAGACGCUUGAUGUACCCGAGCUGGGCGUCGAAAUUGAGCGGGCCAUCUGGCAGGUGAACCAUGCCAAGAAGGCCAAGGAGGAAGAGGCUUCUGUUGAAGCCGCGGACGAUGCCGCAAAGGAAGCCGCGAAACAGGUCAACGUCGAUCCCACGACGGAUAAAGAAAAGCCUUCCGACCCAAGCAAGGAGAAGAAGUAGCCUCAGCAACGACUUGUAGGAUGAUGGACGUCUGUAAUGUUUGCAAUGUAUGCUCUCUAGACGUGAGCUGGUUCGGCCUGAUGUAUGUAUGACGAUAAAGCCCCGCUCCGAUAGACAGACUCUUCUCUUUUUGCUUUUGGGUCAGGCUAGAAUUAUGAAGUUCCAUUCCGCCUGAUGACGAUUUGGUGGAGUUGUUCAAUGUGGCCCGGGAUGGGGUCCAUGACAUUUUACGUAGCCUCGGUAGCCGAAUACAUGUGGAAGCCGUGGGCUCGAAGGGCCGGUAGACAUCCACAAAUACACAUCAACCCGAAUGCCAACGCAACCCGGCGAGCGGUAUCUUUGGAAAAGGGACUUCGUAGCCUGGGCACGAGCGACCCCCACUGCCGUGCGCUCUCGUCCGCGUCGUCGUCAGUCUCGCAGAAGAAAUCGUACUCCUCGCCCUCGUGCUCCUUCCAGUGCGCCGCCCGAAUGUGGACCUUUGGCUGCUUCUUCUGCUGCUGCUGCUGCUGCUGCUGCUUCUGAGACGGCGGCCACGGCGGCUGGUUCGAGGUAGCCAUGACGAUGAGCCCCCUCGCCGCGACCUCGUCUUGGCGAUCGCACUCUGCGAGGAUGUCGAGGAUCUCGUCCCUCGUGUACAUUGUGCUCUCCCGCGUCAGGGCUUCCGACUUCCAGGCCAUGGCGGCCUUGUGGCGGAGGAGUCUCUGGGUCGGGCUCACGUCGCCGCGGCCCUGUUGGCGUCUCUUUUCGCGCAGUUUUUGGUGGCAGCGUUGCGGUGCGACGGCGUGGACGUCUGGGUUUAGGGGUGAGGGCACGAGGGGGCUGUAGCCUGCCCGGCUUGGUAGUUGUGACAUUUGAAGCAUUUUUUUUUUUUUGUGAUUGUUGUGUUGGUGCUUCUUUUCUUCUUCCUUUUUAGGUGUGUCUGUCUAAUCCGUGUAGUGAUAUUUUGCUUGACUUGGAGACGUACAAUUAGGCGUGUAAUUAGGGCGAUGAUCGGUUUGGAAAGAUGUGGGUUCUUUAGUCUCUGUGAGAGAAAGAAGACGUGGGUCGCUUUCGAGAAGGUAUUGGUGAAUUGUUAACCAACAGUUAUCGACAUGAUGUUGCGAAGGAAGAUUAUGAUUGCUCCGGGAAGGGAGACGGAGGGGACGGGAGGAAGGUGGCCAAUGUCAAUAAUGGAGGCGAAUGAAAAAAAGUGCGAAUUGGUAUGCUGGUGUGGUGGUGAAGAGAUAGCCCCGAGAUAUGAGAGAUAUGGAGCUGGACGCCCGUCUGGAAUGUCUCUGGAGGGAACUAGACACGAGAGGGAUGGACCCGACGUUCCUCCCUGGUGUCAGUCGCGAGAUUUCCACCCUGUAACUGCAAUGUUCCACACGAUUUGGCGGAUUGGAUGUGAUAAGCCCAGGUAUUCAGUCAAAAGGUAAGGUUAGAAAGAGAGACGAGCAGGCAUAAACAUGGAAAACGAGAGGAUGAAAUGUGAAUGGGGAUUUUGCGAGAAAGAGCCACGAACUCAAGUGCGGGCAUGUCGGGUGUGCCAAUUG